GUGGCACGAGGGCUUCCCUGGUGACGGCCGGACUAGCGGAAGUGGGGCGGAGCGUCCGCAAGGCUCCGGCCGGUGGCUGAGGUCUCGGCUGUUUGUGGGUCCCGCGUCCCCGCUUCCAGCGCCCGCAGGUGGGGAAGCCCCCGCGCCCCGCCCGGACCAUGGCCUCGGCCCCAGGAAGGGACAGCUCCCUGCUGGCCGCGGAGCUGAGCGAGGAGGCGAGAGCCGAGGCUGCGGAGGAGAGCCGGGGCCUGUGCGAGCAGAUGCUGCUGCAGGCCAUGCAGAAGAUCCUGGAUGCCCAGUCCCCCAUGCCCGACUCCAGGCAGAUCCAGCCCAAGGCUGGUUUCUGCGUCAAGACCCGCUCGGCGGAAGGAAAGGUCUUCAUCAACGUGUGUCAGUCGGACGCCAUCCCAGCCCCGGCCGACCUCAGCGAGCAGGAGCUGCUGUGUGUGCUGGAGGGGGACCAGGCCGCCUUCCGCAUCCCCAUGAGUCUGGGAGAGCCCCACGCCGAGCUGGACCGAGGAGGGAACGGCUGCACAGCCUAUGACGUCGCCAUCAACAGCAACUUCUACAAGAAGCUUCGGAGCAAUGACUUCUUCCUGGAGUUUUUUGUCACCGUGGCCAUGGAGGGUUUGGAGGACAAGUACGGGACCCAGCUCAGCCGAGAGUGGCGCCUGCUGAAAUACCGGCCUUUCCUGGGCUCCAUCUCCCAGCAGAACAUCCGCACCCAGAGCCAGCCGCGGCCCCCGACCAUCCAGGAGCUUGGAGACGGAUCUGCCCAUACCCCUCUGAGGCUCUGGCUGGAGGCCCCAGACCUGCUCCUGGCUGAGGUGGUCUUACCCAUGGUGGACUCUGCCCGGGAGCUGUCACUUCAGCUUGGGGGAGACCGGCUGGUACUGGGGCCACCGGGAACCCCCUACCACGUGGACAUCUUUGUCCCCCAUCACAUUGACCAAGAGCAGUGCCGGGCCGCCUUCAACCGGAAGAGCAAGACCCUGAUGAUCUCCAUGCCCCUGCAGACUGCAGCGUGCUCCUGAGAUGCAGGAGCUGGGCUCCGGCGUGGGUGUCGAGCCUGGCCAGCCUGCCUCACCUUCCCCUGCUGCCAAAUAAAAGAUUUUUAUCUG